GGGAUAAAGGAAAAAUCCAAAUCAAAACAAAACGACGAGAAAACGCAAUUGAGGACGAUCGGUGUUGUGUCAAACGGAUGUCAGAUUACUAGACUAACAUGUUGAGUUUCGGUACUGUGCGGGUAUUAUUUCUAAUAUUAAGUUUGUUGUGCAGUUUUGAGACGGGGAGAUGUAAUACGUGCAGUAUCCCGGCAGUGUGCAAAUGCGAGGUGGAGCAGAAACCCACGAAUGGCGUGGUCGAGGCGCCGUUUUCCGAUCAACCUGCCCAGCCGUUGUUGACUUCAUACUUCUCAAUAAAUGUUCCCGGGCUCAAUGUUUGCGAACCACCACCGACUCCAACCCCGCCGCCCACUCCACCAACGAAAGCUCCGAAUACCACCACAACUACUCCUAAACCGCCUGGUUUUCGAUCAGAUCCAAAACCAACGCCAAAUAUCGUUCUAAAUUGUACAUACAUCGAAGUCAAUUCAAAUAAAACGAUUCCAGCACAUCCAGCAGUAGAUGGGAGUUUCUUCUUAACGCUGUACUACCCAUGCCCCGAGGUACCCAGCCCCCACAAAGGCUACAGCACCGGAACAGAUCUGUUGAUAAUAUUCUUCACAUUAGUAUUCGCUUAUUUGGCAUUAGGUAUAGCAGUCAAUUUCUUCAUACUUGGCGCAAGAGGUAUCGAGAUGAUCCCGAAUUUGGGUUUCUGGCGAGAUUUGCCGGGACUAGUCAAGGACGGCGUAGUAUUCGUACAAAAUGGUUUCAAAGUGCCACAGACUGAAUUGCAUCCGCGUAGCCCGGAGAGUUAUGAUGCAAUUUAAAAAUAUUCAUAUUAUUUUCUCGAAUAUUAUAUGGAAGAGGCAAUUGCUUUUGUUUGUUAUAAUACUUUUGUUUUGUUAUUGCUGAUCUUCUCUUCUUCUACCUCUGACUUUUUUCCUAUCUGAAAUACUAUUUACUGGAGCGGACACUCCUGGUGGAUCUGCUUCAAAAUACUCUCCUUCUUGUACUCAGUUUUCUUUUCAAACUUCACUAUGUAGUCGUAAUUAUUAUUAUAUUUGAUGUUUUUAACAAAUUCAUAAAAUGCGAUAGUUGGGGAAAAUCAUUGGAAUUACUUACAUGUGACUAGUCGAAUUAAUUUCAAUGAAAAUUUACGAACGGAGGAAUAUAUAGUUAAAUUAAUUAAACAUAAAAAGUGGACAUGAAUUAAAGCUUUACUAAGAAUUUGUAAA